UUCUAUUUCACCACACUCUUUAAUACUCUAAUACUAGUCAUCGUACCCGGUCGACGUCUCACUCCUUGGCUCGACCAACUCUAUCUUAAUACUGCCCUUGGAUUCCUGGAGAACUCGGAACACCCGUCCCUCAUUUCGACCACUCGGCCGUGAAAGACCGAUCAAUCAAGAUGGCGUGCUCAUACCAAACCGACAACACUUUUUUUGUCGAAUCGGACGAGUCCAACCAGCACAUGACGAUGCGUGAUGCUGCCAAGAUGCUUGCGCGGAACAAGCAGGAGAUGAUCGCCAACGAGCUCUCAAGGCUGGCCUGUGACGAGUAUCUGGAGGACAUCAUGCAACACAUGCGCCAUAUGGAGGACGAGACAUUGCCCGAUGCCAACUUGAUUGACAUGCAGCGCGAGAUCCAAUGGUUUAUGCGGCCGUACCUCAUUGACUUUUUGAUUGAGGCUCACUCCGCGUUCUCUCUCCUACCCGAGACCCUCUUUCUCACCGUCAACCUCCUGGACCGGUACUGCUCGAAGCGGGUGGUGUAUAAACAGCACUACCAACUGGUCGGAUGCGCUGCCCUUCUCAUCGCUGCCAAGUACGGAGACAAGAAGGACAGAGUGCCUCAGAUCAACGAGCUGAACAACAUGUGCUGCGGACUCUACGAUGCCGGCAUGUUCACCCAGAUGGAGAUGCACGUUCUCAAUACGUUGGACUGGAACAUUGGUCACCCCACCGUGGACUUCUUCACCCAGUUGGUUGCGGCCGAGGAGCGAGACAGCCGGGAAGUGGAGCACAUGGCGGCGUACAUCUGCGAGAUUGCCCUCUACCACCGGGACUUCGUGUCGACGAAGCCUUCGGUCAUGGCAAGGGCAUCGCUCGCUCUUGGUCGUGCGAUUCUGGGCAAGCCCGAGGUCAACGACGGCGAGUGGGAUCACUCUGACAACGUGACGCUCCUCACUCUGUCACAGCACCUCCACCAGCCGUCGGUCACUUUGGCCAGGAAGUAUUCCAGCCAGUAUUACUCGAGGGUGUCGGGCAAGCUUGCCGACUUCCUCGCCCAGCAGGCUGCCAUCGCGCGGAGAGGGGCACCGCCGUCGCCGCCGUCGGAACCCAUCCUGUCCAACAAGGCAACGGAUGUGUACAGCACGCCCCACAAGGGACUCGGUGCCGUACCUGGCGUUGCCGACGGGUACAUGACGCCGCCCAUCACCCCCGAUGGCUCAUGCUUUGGUCAGAACAAUGCCGCGAUCAAGGGUUACCAGGUGCCGCCUCGCUGCCCGGUCACCCCAACACCUCAAUCAAGCCACGGGCAAUCGUAUGCGCAACCACAUCUCCAGCAACAGCAACAACAACAACAACAACAACAUAUGGCGGGGUCAACGUACUUCAACACCGCGUCUCAUAUGUCGUACUAAAGCCCAUCACUCAGGGGCACGCGUUUUGUGGGAGGCUUGAUACCUGCUCGGGUCGGCUCCCGGCUGCGGCUGUUUUCCGAAGGGAAUCCGGCCUUGUUUCUUUUCCACCUUUUUUUUUCAGGGCACUUCGAAAUAUACCACCUUGGAAGACAAAAAGAUUGCAUGCAUCUGGCUCUUUC